GCCGAGAGGGGCCCCGGCCCCCGCGGGUGGAGCCGGCGCGGGGGGGGCACGGAGCCGUACGGCCGCGUCUGCCGUGGGGCACAGCCCUUCCCCGACCCGCCCUCACGCACCCGUCCACGGCAGCUAAACACCGGCGGCAAGCGUCUGCCAGUCUCUCGCGUGCGUGAACUGCCGUGGGGCCGCCAGGAAACUGGAGUUUAGGCGCCGAGCCUGCUGUUGGCGUGAAAUCGCCAGGGAUUCCCCCACCCGCGGCGAUGGGGCCGAGGCCUCGGGCCUCGCAGCGCAGCGGGAGCGGCGGGGGUGACGGGUCUGUCCCUGGGCGUUCGCUCCUCUGGCAUGCGCUUUGUUUUCUUGCUUCACUUGAAACACGAGUGAAAGGGUUUUGAGAGCCGUGGUGUCAUUUAUAAAAUGGGAGGAAAAUCUAUUAUAGCACCGUGGCCAUGAGCUUCAACAGGUGGAGGGUUUUCAGAACACACGAGUAGAAAAUCUUAUGAUCUACUAUGUCCGCCUUAAGAGAGCCAUGAUGUUUACAGUAUCUGGUGUGCAAAAGGAAGCUUGAAAGUAAAAAGGAGGCAUUGCUAAUCCUUUCCAAAGAGCUGGACACCUGUCAACAAGAAAGAGACCAGUACAAGCUUAUGGCCAAUCAGUUGCGGGAACGGCACCAGUCUCUGAAAAAGAAGUAUCGGGAGCUGAUUGAUGGGGAUCCAUCCCUUCCACCUGAGAAGAGGAAACAGGCAAAUCUUGCUCAACUACUGAGUGAGGCUCAAGAUCAAAAUAAACAUCUUGGAGAAGAGAUUAGAGAGCUCCAACAGAGACUGGGAGAAGUACAAGGGGACAAUAAGCUCCUUCGAAUGACAAUAGCAAAGCAAAGACUUGGAGAUGAUGAAGUUGGGGCUCGCCACUUUGCAGCACAUGAACGGGAGGACCUUGUUCAACAACUGGAGAAGGCUCGAGAGCAAAUCGAGACUCUGAGAUAUGAUCUUCAGGCUGCACUGGAUGAGUUACAGGAUGUGAAAGAGGAACGCUCUUUUUACCAAGAUAAGUCUGAUAGACUAAACCAAGAACUUAAUCAUGUCUUAGGAGGGCAUGAAAACCGUAUCAUCGACGUAGAUGCUCUAUGUAUGGAGAACCGGUAUCUUCAAGAGAGAUUAAAACAACUUCAAGAGGAAGUCAACAUUCUUAAGUCUAAUAUUACUAAAUAUAAGAAUGCACUAGAGAGACGAAAAAAUUCAAAGACUCAUAGUAGGUCCAGUAGCAGUGCUCUGACUGGAGUCCUGUCUGCAAAACAAGUCCAAGAGUUGUUGUCGGAGGAUCAUGGAUGUAGCCUACCAGCCACACCACAGUCCAUUUCAGAUCUCAAAUCACUGGCCACUGCAUUGCUGGAAACUAUCCAUGAAAAAAACAUGGUCAUACAACACCAAAGACAAACCAACAAAAUUCUAGGUAAUCGAGUGGCAGAACUAGAAAAGAAAUUAAGAACUUUGGAAAUUGCUGGCUUGUGGAGUCUUCCAGGCCUGAGCUACAAUGUCUCAGUGGGAUUUGGGAGUGGAAAGGAUACCAUAACAUUCAGUGACCCAGCCUUGCCUGUUCUACAGCGAUCCAGGUCACCGUUGUUAGCGUUUACUGAUAAGCCACAGAAAACUGAUGUACAAGCAGAACAGAAGGGAGAAUGUGAUGAAACUUGUGCUGUUGCAAGUGAGUCCCUGGCUCCAGAGGGAACAAACUUAAAUAACAGAAAACAGAAUAAGCAUGUUUAUCCUUCAUUACCCCAGCUACCUUCCAAGGAAGAAGAAAUAAACAAGCUUGGAAGUCAGAUAAUUAAACUGACAGAGCAGGCAAUUGCAGAACUGGAAGGGAAAAGAGCAGGCGCUUCUGCAGGGGAGCAGAACCCGGUGACUGGAGCAGAGCUUCAUGGUUCAUCUGAGGGAGAGUUCCCACUUUCUAGCCCUGACCCAUCCGACCCCACAGACCCCUCCAACUCAGAGAACGAACAAACAGCUGAAACCGAGGCUCUGAAAGACAAUGACGAAACCUCAGAGAGCGAUUGUGAAAUUCCAAAUGAAAGAGGGGGUCGAAAUAGCAGCACCGUGGAUGUGGUGCACACUGAGGACCCUGGAAGGCACGGAGGGCUCAGUGUUACAACUGCACACACAAAUAACAGCUUCGAGGAGCUCCCGGAAUCUAAACAAGAAACCAUCCAAUCCUGCUGAAAACUGUAUAUUUGGAUAACAGUUUGGCUUGAGGUAUGAAAUCCAGGCCCUAGAGCAUCUCACUGUAAUCUGUUUGCAGUGUCUGGGCUGCUGUGAAUAUGAUCAGUGAAACAGUGUGCCAUAGGGUUGAUUUUUAUGUUGAACUGUUAAUAUUUGUCUAAUAGAGGUGUUUUUCUGUUAGUUUUGGCUACAGUGUACCAAAAACGUAAAUUACCUAAAGGAAAGAAUUAGUGAUGAGUGAUGAGGUUUAAUCAUGUUGUUUUUUUGUAAUGAUUUGAAGUUUCUACAUAGAUUGAUGUAAUUUACAUUAGUGUAGCAAAGAGACCAAUGAUAAUGAUUGAUAAUGUUAUCACUAGGCUUCCGUAACGUGUAUGGUCCUAGUGCUGGACUGUAUUUUAAUGGUUAGAAGUGUCUUCUAAGGAUGAAAAAUUUGGAGUUAUAAAUUGAGAUGCAUCUUAAGGCUGUAAGCUUUUGCUUGUUUCUCUGACUGCAUUCCACGCCUCUUCACAUAUAGUGACUGUAAAUACAGCCUUAGAAUAAAAUCACCAUUCCCUCAUAGGAAGUUUCUGAAAACCAUCCCUGCAUGUAUACAGUUCUCUCAUUACAAACCUUUGUAUCUUCUCAACUGUACAAAAUGUUUCCUUCCGUCUCCCAGCUCAUCUCAUGAAAAUGCAGGGAGUUAUUUCACCAGAUACUGAAAAUGCAGUUUAAGGAAGCUCUGAAGGAAACAUCAUCAGAGAAGCCAGAAGUCUUCCUGUGAGAAAUGACAACGCUGUUCCAAAGCAAGAACAGCAAGAGGAGAACCAGUGAUGUGCUGUCCACCUACUCGGCUCUCAGUUACUGGAAUGGCAUUCCUCAACUUACAGGAGCUGGAACAGCCCUCAGGCUGAGUAACGGGUGGUGGAUUUCAGCCUACCCCAUCUGUGCCCUCCUUUUUAAAGGAAUCUGUGUCCUUUUUAUUUUCUUAUGUUUUGGAAUGAAGGAUGAGUCUUCCUUUCCUCCUCGUUUCCCCAGUCUGUGGUGUGGUAGAAGGCUUAUAUGCAUUGUUGCCUCUUAAACUUCUUCCCUCGUUGAUGUUUAGUCGUAGGAAAACAUUCCUUUGAUGACGGGGGAAAAGGAAGGCUGCUGUGUCAUUCCCUAGCUCGCUCCUGAUGCUGGAGCCGUGCCACUCUGCUCCUAGGAAGGCAGCAACAAGGGAAUACUUAAUGUUGAAGUUAGCAGCUGUUGGAGAAGGGGAGGCACGUCCUUCCUCUCCUGUUUGUAGCAUAAGGAAUAGUCGCUGCAGCUGUGGAACUUCUAUGGGCCAGCAGCCGUCAAGGCAAUAUUUCUGCUGGCUUGGGACCUAAUUGUCUGUAAAUGUUCAUUUCUCACUCCUAGAGCUUGAAACCAAUCAGAGAGAAUGAAACCAAAUUUAAUAAAAUGCUACUAAUAAAAAGGAGAAUCCCUCCCAGAUUGAGUCCUCCUUUGACAAAUAACUGCCAGCUGCAAAUUUUUACAGCCCACUUGUCAGCUACUGAAUAAACAGAGUUUAUAUUAGCGAUACUGACAAACUCUUCUGUAUAUGGAAGAUGAGCUAGCAGGUGCUGCCAUAAUCAAGGUGUCAGAGUCCAUGAACAGUUUGUAUUCAGCAGAAGAAAGGCUGUAUGUAAAUUAUUACAUAUAAAUAUAAGGAAUGAUAGUGGGAAGAUGAAAAAUGUGGCUUGUCUCUGUUCUCAUGUGUUUUCCCUUGCAGGUGCAUUCAUGUAACCCUUUCAGUGUCUGUCUGCAGGCAAUAAAGCCCUACUCACAGUGCUCCUCAAAUAUGUUUCAGUUCUCUUUAAAGGUAAUUUGACAUUGCAGCAUUUCACUGAUAUUAAACAGCAGCUCUUAGGAACAAAAACCAUCUGUAUAUUUAAAGCGUAUUAGGGACAUGAGCAGUAAAAAGUUUUUCUUUCUUUACCCUGAUCACCAUUUAAGCUCCUCAUCACCUGAAAAACCAAGAAGAGUUUAAGUAUUUGAAAUAUUGUUAAGCUGUUCCCAUUAAUUGUAACUGACUGCAUUAUUGACUCAUUUAUAUGACAGUACUGACAAGUCGGAAGAGAAAUAGAUGCAGAAACUGAAAUCUCCAGGAGAAUGUGGCAGGAUAUUUUCCUUUAAUGCUUGAAUGUCACAUGAAGUAGCAUUUUAUUCAAGAUGUAUUUUUUUUCUAUCUUUCACAGACUAAUCCUGUGCAGAACUAAAUAUCAGUGCAGUCAGAAUUGAGGCAAGCAAAUAAGAAGGUCAAGAUUUCACGUAGCUGAGCUCAGAAAUGUUGAGGUGGCAUAUUGUUUCCCUGUCCUGUGUCUUUCCUGACCCACAGUUGUGUGAGUUAGCAUUUUGUUCCUGGUCCCUUAACAGCCAGUUAAUGCUAUUAAUUAAUGAAGACCUUGGUGGAAAAAUUUGAGCAGGUAGAAGCGGUGCUGGACCGACAGCUUUUUAGUGCCUCAUUCGUUGAUUCUUUUUAGUAUGGUUUUUUUUUUUUCUGAGAAAAUAGUGAUGUACAACCCAACAAUUAGGGCAUUUGGUAAUUAUCCUCACACCAUUCUCCUUCUUAGAUGCCAUUUUUAUAUCUUUGCAAUUAUUAAAUUCCAGUGAGAUACCUAGCUCUCAGGAAACCUCAUUUUUAGCACUAUAUCACUGCCGCAAUCCUCUCCCUCUCCUCUCUGCCCUGGUGAAUGUGUAUUCUAGCUAUGUUUUUAGUUCUCUCCCAGGAACACAAGACUUCAAAGCCAGGAGACUUGUAAAAGGAAGACAUCCUUGCUUGCGCUAUGUGAUAACUAACUGAAUAUUCUUGUCAGUAUCUUCCUUGUCUAUUGCUUUAAUUAAUGUUGUUGUGCUACGAUGUUUUUUUCCCCAGUAAAUUAGUGUUUUGUUAUGGACUCAACAUUACUUUAGGUUUGGGGGAGUGGAUGGAAGGAUGGGUGGGUUGGUUGGGGUUUUUUUUUGUGUUUUUUUUUUUGUUUGUUCGUUCAUUUGAUUUUGUUGGAGUUUUUUUUUGGUUUGUUUUUUUUUUUUUUUUGUAUUAGACUUGUAUUCCCUUUUCCAGGACUUCAGAAAUGCAGAAAUUGCAUUCAGACAUAUAAGCCUUUUUGGUGUUGGGCUUUGGGGACACAAACUGGGAAGGGAAUGUUGUGGCAGGGGUAUGGAGAAGAUGCAUUUUGCAAACUGAUUUUAAGGAGGUUGUCUCACCUAAAAGUGAAUUAAUGUAUUAUUUGUGAGAAGGAUUUCAUUUGAAAGUACAAUGUUGUGGUUACUUGAAGAACAAUGUUCACUGCAUUUGUAAAAUAUGUGUGUGAAAAUGGCAGAUUAAGAAGCAUCUUUUAGAAUGCUGCUUCUUUUCUAAGUGAGACUAUUUUUAAGCAUAUGGGAAUUUGUAUAAUAAAGACAGUGGAAUUUCUUUAAUCUAUAUGAGCUCAGGAAUGUAUUUCAAAAUCUUAACUGAGAUUAAGUUGAAAGCCUGCUACAUUUCUAAAAGAUAGGAAUUUGUUUACCAGCUUCUGUUUUGUAGUUUUACUUUAGAAAUUAUGCAGCUUAAUUUAUUUGCAAACUUCUCUUUUGUCGCUGCCUGGAUUAACUGCACAAGGCGGUUAAACUAUAUUAAUACAUUUUGUCAUCUUUAAUAAAAACAUUUCCUGAUAUGCUUGUUCUA